AUGAGCAGUGAAGAGCCUGUUUUGGAGCCCACACAACAGGAAGAUGAAAAUGUGAGCGAUUUGGCGCUCAAGGCGGUGGAGCAGGCCGAGGGACCCGUGGACCAGCCAGAAAGACAACGCAAACACAUAGAUACGGGAACAUCGGACGAUGAAGACGAAAUUGCAGCAAACCAGAGGCUCGAUUCACAGCGUAUCAUUAACAAUAAUGUUGAAAGUAAUGGUCCAGAAGACAUAGGGCUCGAUCAGACGGCCAGAAGACGCCAGGAACUAGAAGACCGUUUGGAUCGGCUGCUGAAAAAACCCAAAUCGCGCAGAACUAGAAGAGACGAAGACGAUUUGGAACAAUUUUUGGACGAGCGAAUCCUGAGACUUAAGGACGAAAUGAACUUGGCGGCGCAAAAGGAUAUUGAAACUCUGAAUCGCAGAUUGGAAGGUAUCGACGAAAAUGCAGUGGCCACGGAAAAGGUCAAGCUGCUUCCCAAAGUGGUCAACACGCUGUCCAAAGCGCAUCUGGCAGACACAAUACUGGACAAUAACCUGCUACAAAGUGUCCGUAUUUGGCUAGAGCCACUGCCAGACGGAUCUUUGCCCUCUUUCGAAAUACAAAAAUCGCUGUUUGCGGCUUUGGAAUCAUUGCCCAUCAAAACUGAUCAUUUGAAAGAAAGUGGACUUGGUAAAGUGGUAAUUUUCUACACCAAAUCAAAACGAGUUGAGGCCAAACUAGCGCGUUUGGCAGACCGUCUGGUCGCCGAAUGGACCAGGCCUAUUAUCGGCGCUUCUGAUAACUACCGUGACAAGCGGGUAAUGAGAUUGGAGUUUGAUGUGGAACAACAUAGAAAGAAGGCUAUGCUGGACAGUGCCAAAAGCAAGAAAACCAAGAAGAGAAGAGCUGAAGAUGACACCAAGGGAAAAUCUCCUUACGAAUUGGCUGCGGCCAGAAGAAACAGGGCAGCAGCUCCAUCACAAACUACAACAGAUUACAAGUAUGCGCCGGUCAGCAAUUUGAACUCGGUUUCUUCCACUGCUCGAACCUCAGGAGUUGGGUCAUCGCUGAACAACAGUGAAAUGUACAAGAGACUGAACUCACGGCUCACUAAGAAGAAUAAAAGGAGUAAAUAA